AGCAUCGGCUCUGAGACUUGGAGCUGGGGUCCGGCGCGGCAUGUGGCAGCCUCGCUGGAGUCAGGGAAUUGACAGUGAGGAGCCCAAUUGCGACUGCCCUUAGAGACAUGUGGCGGACGCGGCUACCGCACCUACCCUUGCUGCUGGCUCUGCUGCUCUGCUACCCCUGCUUGCAGACCAGGAAAGGCGACUGUCCGGCUCCCUGCCUGUGCGAGGACGACGGCGUGUUGGUGCGAGUGGACUGCUCGGACCGAGGGUUGACCACCAUCCCUGCAAAUCUCAGCAGCCUCACCUCCUACCUAGACCUCAGCAUGAACAACAUCACUGAGCUGCCCCAGAAAGGUCUCCACAACAUCCAUUUCUUAGAGGAGCUGCGUCUUGCCGGAAACGACUUGACAAACAUCCCCACGGGAGCAUUUGACGGUCUUUACAACCUUAAAGUCCUCAUGUUGCAGAAUAAUCAGUUACAGAAGGUUCCCGAGGAGGCACUACAGAAUUUGCAGAGUCUCCAGUCACUGCGACUGGAUGCCAAUCACAUCUCCAUUGUGCCAGCAAGCUGUUUCGACGGCCUGGAUUCACUAAGGCACCUGUGGCUGGAUGACAAUGCUCUGACAGAUAUUCCAGUCAAAGCCCUGAGCACUUUGCCUUUCCUGCAAGCCAUGACCUUGGCACUGAACAGAAUGACUCACAUCCCAGACAAUGCAUUUGGGAACCUUUCCAGUUUAGUGGUUCUGCAUCUCCAUAACAAUCACAUCCGCUCCCUGGGAAAAAAAUCCUUUGAUGGUCUCCACAGCCUCGAAACUUUAGACUUGAACUAUAACAAUCUGGAUGAAUUUCCUGUUGCUGUGAAGGUUUUAGCCAAUCUCAAAGAACUGGGGUUUCACAGCAACAACAUAGAGUCGAUCCCUGAUCAUGCAUUCUCUGGCAAUCCGUCACUUGUAACAAUCCACUUCUACGACAACCCCAUUCAGUUUGUUGGCAAGUCAGCUUUCCAACAUUUACCUGAGUUACGCACACUCUCACUUAAUGGAGCCACAAAAAUAACAGAAUUUCCUGACCUUAUUGGAGCCAUAAAUUUGGAAAGUCUGACUUUGACGGGAACACAAAUUACAUCCCUUCCAAGCACCAUUUGCAAGCAGUUACCAAAUCUUCAAGUCUUAGAUCUGUCUUACAACUGGAUCGAGCAACUACCAAGUCUCUACGACUGCCGAAAGCUUCAGAAGCUUGACCUGCAUCACAAUAAGAUUAAUGAAAUCCAGCAGGACACUUUCUGGCAGCUCACCGCCCUGCGAUCACUUGACCUCAGCUGGAACAAGAUUGCAUUUAUUCAUCCGGAAUCAUUUAUUUCUUCACCAUCCUUAAUCAAACUUGACCUCAACUUCAACCUCUUGACAUCUCUUCCUCUGUCUGGGCUAAGUGGCUUAACACACCUGAAAGUAACAGGCAACCAGGCUCUGCAAGACUUGCUGCCUGUUGAGACCCUCCAAAACUUGAGGCUGCUGGAGAUGCCAUAUGCUUACCAAUGCUGUGCCUACAGCUCUUGUGAAGGUUCCUACAAACUUGCACAUCAGUGGGAGGAGAUGGAGAGAAAUAGUGAUGAUGAAGCUCAUAAACGGGAUGCUGGAAUGCUAUCAGGACAAGAUGAUCAAGAACUCGAUGAUUUAUUAAUGGAAUUUGAAGAGGAUCCAAAAAUCCAUUCUGUCCAAUGCACUCCAACACCAGGACCCUUCAAGCCUUGUGAACAUCUGUUUGGCAGCUGGAUGAUACGCCUUGGUGUAUGGACCAUCGUUUUGCUCUCUCUGGUUUGCAACGGCUUGGUUGGCACAACCAUAUUUGGAUCUCCAGCACCUAUUUCCCCACCCAAACUUCUCAUAGGUCUGCUGUCAGUGGCAAACACGCUAAUGGGUCUCUACAGUGGUAUAUUGGCAAUUGUGGAUCUAUUAACAUUAGGCAGAUUCGCAAAAUACGGAGCGCGAUGGGAGAAUGGAAUUGGCUGUCAAGUUGCAGGCUUUCUCUCAGUCUUUGCUUCCGAGCUGUCCAUUUACCUCCUCACGGUUGCAACUGUUGAACGCAGCCUGUCCUCAAAAUACGAUACAAGGCAAGGGAAAACCCUAGGUAGUGUCAAGGUAGCAUCAAUGUUCUGCAUGAUUCUGGCAUGCGUCGUUGCAAUGCUUCCACUGUUCCACAUUGGAGAUUACAGCAUUUCUCCACUUUGCUUUCCUUUACCCUUUGGAGAAUCCUCCACUUUAGGCUUUCUUGUGGCUUUGGUCCUGUUGAACUCUCUUUGCUUCCUUGUCAUGACAAUAACCUACACAAAGCUCUACUGCGGUUUGGAAAAGGGAGACUUGCACAGCUUUUGGGACAGUUCGAUGGUCAAACAUAUUGCCUGGCUGCUGUUCACCAACUGCAUUCUAUAUUGCCCUGUGGCUUUCCUGUCAUUCUCCUCCUUGCUGAACCUCAUGGUUAUUAGUCCUGACGUAGUCAAGUCAAUACUUCUCGUGAUCCUCCCAUUGCCUGGAUGCCUGAAUCCCUUGCUCUACAUUCUUUUUAACCCGCACUUCAAAGAUGAUCUCGGACUGCUGAGAAAGAAUAGGCGUUUGCAGAAGAGAUCGAAGCAGAGAAGCUUGGCCUCCAUAAACUCAGAAGAUGCUGAGAAGCAGUCUUGUGAUUCCACUCAAGAACUAGUGGCACGUCUCGGCAUCCACACCGCCUCUGGCACGUCCUGUAACUCAGUAAACAACUUUCCAGUGCAGACCACGUACCAGAUGAUGGAGACCUGUCAACAAGCAUCAGGAACGUUUGCUCACUGCCACUAAUGCAUUCAAGAUGAAACUGUUCCAGAUAUUUUUUUUUAAAGAAAACACAUACUCGUGCAGAAGGAACAAAUUAUAUGAGCAACUUUUGUUUUUAAGGCCAGAAGAUCCAAGAAAUGUUUCUCUUCGUUAUUCUGAGGAUUACCCAUGGACAUGUUGGCAUACAGACCACUGCGGUUAUUUAAUCAAUGAAAACAUUAUAAUACGAUUUGAAAUUCAAGUUUGCCAAUGAAAAAUGUUUGACAACUUCAUCGACAUUUACUUGGUAGAUUCAAAACCUACUGUACAGUCUCUAAAAUUAGCUGGUAAAUUCCUCCAUUCAAUGUGUAUUGCAGAUAAGAGGUGUACAAAAUUACUUUGAAUAGGUGAUUUUAUUUUGGGGAUAGGGAUUAUGGACCAAACACCGAUCAAAAGCGGCACUCUCCGAAUUCAUGUUUUUAAAUGUAAAUGUUGUUGUCUAGUUGUGACACAUUCAUCUAACAGGAGAACUGCCAUUCCAUAUUUCUGAGAUGUCCAAUCAUCUUUUAAACAAGAGAGAAGCAAGAGAAAGUGCUGGAGGAACUCAGCAGGUCGGGCCAACAUCUGUGGAGGGAAAUGGAUAUGCCCCGUUUCUGGUCUGGACCUUUCUUCAAACUGAAGGACAUUUCUUCAAACCCAAAAUGUUAUCUGUCAAUUUCCUUCCACAGAUGUUGCCUGACUUACCGAGUUCCUCCAGCACUUUGUGUUUUGCACCUUUUAAAUAAUUUGAUCUCAUCCAAAAAUAGCUGUUAAACAGGAAGACCUCGCACUGUACACAA